AUGACAAAUUUCCUUGUGAUUUUCUUAUUUAUUAUUUGUGUUCUUUUGAGUUUGAUUUAUUUGAACUUGAAUCAUCAAAAGAAUAUCAUUGAACGUAGUCUGAAAAUCAAUGAUUCGUUUGUAUUAUCAUCAUUGUUAUUGAAAAACAAUGGAAACUCUGAUAUUCAGUGGAAUACUUCGAUAGAAACACAGAAACAACGAUUAUUUGACAUAUCCACACCUUCUCCAGCUGUUGUUCAAAUGAUUUCUGAUUAUUAUGAUAAAGUUAUUGUUGAAAUGAAAGAUUAUUUAUUAUAUUCAAAAGUUAAUCUGAAAUCAAAGUUAUUUCCAUGGUUAAUUGGAAUUGAACAGAGUUGGAAUAGAAGUUCUUAUGUUGGACAAAAACAAUCGAAAGGAAUUGUAAUCUGUAGUGGAAAUCGACAUAUUCGUUGGACAUUGGUUGCAUUGAAAUGUCUUGAAAUGAUUGAAAAUGAUCUUCCAAUCGAAGUUAUGUAUUUCACUUCGAAAGAUUUAUCAGUCGAUAAUCAAGAACUGAUGAGAAAAUCUUUUCCAAAUGUUUAUUUGACUGAUCUUUCGUUAAGUUAUGCAAAUGAUAGUCAUUUAGAUCUUCAUGGUCGUCAAAUGCAAUCAUUUGCAGUGUUAGNUAUUCGUUGGACAUUGGUUGCAUUGAAAUGUCUUGAAAUGAUUGGAAACGAUCUUCGGAUCGAAAUCAUGUAUUUCACUUCGAAAGAUUUAUCAGUCGAUAAUCAAGAACUGAUGAGAAAAUCUUUUCCAAAUGUUUAUUUGACUGAUCUUUCGUUAAGUUAUGCAAAUGAUAGUCAUUUAGAUCUUCAUGGUCGUCAAAUGCAAUCAUUUGCAGUGUUAGGAUGUCGAUUCGGACAAGUCGUGUUGAUGGAUAUGUCAAAUGAAACGAAGAGAUGGAUUGAAUCAUUUUCAACAAAGAAGAAUCAAUCAAUGAUUCCUGAACGAAGACAAGAAUCGAGUGUUAUUAUAAUUGACAAAUAUCGUGUUCUGAAAGGUAUUUUGAGCACAUGUAAACUAAAUGAUCAUCAAGGACAAGAACAACGAGAUGCAUACAAAUAUUUGUAUGAUGAUCGAGAUACAUGGUGGUUAGGUUUUUUAAUAGUUGAAAUAUCGUCGAGAUUUAUGUCAUCACUGACAGGUGUAAUUGGGAAAAUUGAUGAUGAAAAUAAAGAACGAGUGUUUGGAAAUGUGUUACAUUUUGAUGAAUAUUAUGAACCAAUCUGA